CAGAAUGGCACUGAUCCUGUGGGUGAUGAGUCUCUCUCUGCUUCUCCACGGCUGCCUAUGCAGCAUUGGGCAGAUUGAGGUUGGCUGCCGCCGGUGGACACCAGAUGGAAAAGAGGACGUCUGCUGCAAUGAAUGUCAUCCAGGGAACCGCAUCUACACCAAAUGUGGUAAAGACCCAAAGGAACUUUGUACACCUUGUGCACCCGGGAAAUUCAUAUUGGAAUUCAAAGACAGGUGUAAGCCGUGCACAAAGUGUGUAGGAGUUCAAGUCCAUUUAAAAGACUGCACAGCCGCAAGUGAUACAGUAUGUGGCUGUAAAGAAGGAUUCACCUGUGGGAACUCCGAAUGUUCCUUCUGUGUGGAGACGUGUGGCAAAGGCCAAGAACCUACACCUGAUCGUUCUUGUAGACCAUGUCCAGAUGGAUUCUUCAAUGACAAAACUCACUCCAAGUGUAAACCCUGGAGUACCAAGUGUCCCAGACGAGAUCAGAGGAUGGAAAAGGGAGAUGCAUUUACUGACAUUAAGUGUGUUAAUGCUUCAGUUCCCUCACACACAAAGAAACCUGAUGACACAGAACAGCUGUGGCCAGUGGUGCUAUCUGUGUUGACCAGCGCAGUUUUGAUGGCCUUUAUCAUCAUCAUCAUCAUCACUGUGACAAUGAAAAUCCUCAAGAGAGGAAAGAAGCCAGCCAAACCAGUCACAAAAACACCCAUAAUCAGAACCCCUACAGAUGAUCCCAGGACAUUAAUUGCAAUAGAGUGCAGUUUCCAUGAGGCUCAGCAAGAACAGGGCAGCAGCACUGAGUCCCUCAACUCCAAGGAGUCCUCGCAGCAGCUCAUUGCAUGAAUAGAAGAAGCUGGAGAGCCACAAUGCA